AUGAUUAAUGAUCGAUUCAUCGAGUUUGAUGAGCGAAUCCACCGAUUCAACGAACAGCGCGCUGGAUCUCUAUCCAUGCAGCUUGCUGAUACGAUUCGCCAUCUCAAGCACUACCCGGAUGCGAUACAGCAAAUUCAGAUCAACAUCUCGAAUGCUGAGGCGCGUAUCGCUGAUCUCGAACAGAACGCAUCUCACCGAGUUGAGGUGAUUCGUUCGGAAAUGAGCCGGGCUCUCUACGAUCACAAGGAGAGUAACCGAGUUUUUAUCGAUCAGCUCACCGCGCGUAUUCAGCAUCUUGAGGGCGUUCACGCCCGCAGGAGUGGUUCUGAUAAGUCGACUCCUUCGCGCCCGGAACGGACGCAGUUCUUCGACAUCAGUGACCAUGAUGGGGAAAUCCCACGUCCUGCGGACUUGCCACCAGUCCGAUUGAUCAUGGCUCUCCGCCGGGGUGCAAUGCUGCGCGUGCACAGCAACGAGUCGCUGACGAACGUCUUGGAGAAAGUCGUGGGCAAAAUAAUCCUGCUGCUCCGAGCUUCAGGUCUUUCCCUGCAGAUGAUGAUCUUGCCAUUCGCAGUGGCCGUUCAUUCCCUGGAGCCCGAAGCUUUGCUCCAGAGCCCAGACCGAAAGGGGCCAUCAAGAUGGUACGAUGCCAUGCUUGGCCGAUCCAACCUGAUCGGCAAUGACGCCAGUGCACCGAUUCUUCACAGCGAGACUGGCACUUUCACUUUGGCCCCGAAUCCGAGCGCGGAAGUGAUGGUCCCCCCGGAGGUGACGGCCCCAACGAUAACGGGGGUGCAUAUGGUGGUGGUUUCGGUGGACACGGAUUCGGCUCUGGCUUUGGUGGCGGAGGAGGCCCGCCUGGAGGCGAUGGUCCUCCCGGAGGCGGUGGCCCGCCUGACGGUGGCCUUGAUCCUCCGAGCAUGCGACCUUCUGGUCGACCGAAUGGAGGUGAUUUGCCUCGUGUGUCUUGAGAGACAAACCGGAAACCCGCCCGGCCCCAACGAUACGGGGUUCGGUGGGCCCAAGGGCGAUGGAUCACUGAGCGAUGCAAAGAAGGCGAAAUGCAAGUCCUUCCGGCUCGAUGCAGAGCCUGAGCCCGCUCAGUUGCGCCGAUGGAUCGUCGAUAUGAAAGAGCGAGUUGCCAAUGCAUUCGCCUACGAUCCUGCCUAUGCCCUCUCAUGGGUUGAGAUCCCAGAUGGCACUCGAUACGAGGAUCUGCUUGAAGAGUGCAAAUACGGGAUGCUCGAGAACGAAUGCAACUCAGCUUUCCGAGAAUGCGUUCGAUCCAUUGCUCUGAAGAACAAGAUCCAAACCGAAACCGAGCGCAUGCAUACGAUUAACCGGCGACUCGGGAGUAGGCAAAUCUUGUGGCUAUUGUACGAUUUCCUCCGGCCGCACGUCACUGGCGAUUCGACCUUUAAGCUUGUCGAUCUCAUGAAGACCACCAUUGAUCGGUUCACUCAUGGAUCUGAGCAAGAGAGGCUUGAAGCGUUCUCCAACAGAUGGGAUCACGUUCUUGCCGGCAUUUCUGUCGAUCGCCCAGAAGAUCCUGUCCUCUGCGCUCUGUUCUAUGAGCAGGUUCGGGAGUUUAAGUGUCUCGAGCUCGAUAUGCAAUUGUGGGACAGAGAUGUGUCUGUGCGAAAUUACGCAUACUUGCGGACCGUCUGCGUUAACGCGAUUACCACGUGGCGCCGGCGGCGCAACCAAGAGAAGAUGUACACUGCCACACGAUCCUCCUCUGCGCAGAGGCGAUAUGCUGUCGCCUGGGCACCGCGACUCCCGGAGAGGAAGCCCUCGCCGGAGAGGAUCGCCAAGACGCACAUCGCCCAGACGGUCGUCCCCGAGGCGAGGCUCGCCAAGGCGGUACUCGCAAAGCCCUGGGAGGGCAGCUCCUGCCCCUCCCCGACGAUCCCCGUCACGAUCACCACGGGGAGUCUGGCAUAUGCUUCUAUUACGCACGAGGCACCUGUACCAGAGGUGACAAGCAAUGACAGCGACCUCCUAUGGAGACUUUGCGUUCGCUUGCGCUGCAUCAUUCGAUAUGGCUUGUCCGUCAGUCAAGCGGAAGACAGAAAUGAUGCCUGUGUCGUAGAGCUCACGCUCUCCAAGCGAAGUGCUUGCGAAGUUUUCGCUGCUGCUGUCAAGUCUGUGAAGAGGGUAGUGGCCGGCCGUCCUGAUCUCCCGCGAGUUUACCCGGCUCUUCCAGCGCCCAUAAUCGUACAUGAGAAAGUUGUCGCGGCUGGUGAGGAGCCGAUAGGUGAAAUGGAUGAGAUUGGAGAACUCGAUCUCGACAUGCCUGGUGUCGAAGGCGCUCAAAAGAAGGUGCCUAACGAUAAGAAAAAGGCACCUGAGCAGCCUAUGCCCCAAUCGCCGCCCGAUGAACCUAGAGCGCGCGAUUUGAGGGAGGAGGCAAAGUCGAUUCGUCAUUUGAUGACGCAUUUGCCAAAGAAUCCCUAUUGCGAUGCCUGUCAGCGUGCAAAGAUGGAGAAUGUUAAAUCGUUUCGCCAAGACUCCCCACGCGAUAAAGGGUUUGAGAAGUUUGGCGAACAUGUCACCAUCGAUACAAUGGUAUUGCACGGACUCGGCAAUCACGGGAAUAACGGGGAAACCGAUGCUGUUGUUUUCUAUGACUUGGCCACUGAAUGGCUGGAGAGUGUCCCCGUUAACGGAAGAACGAAUGCCGACACGCUGAGAGCGUUCCAACAGGUCUUCGGAGAUCUUAAGGAUGUGAACUCGUUCUCCAUGGAUGUCGAAAGAAGAUAUGCACCAUCGGCAAUCCGGGAGAUUUAUUGCGAUAAAGCUCGCGAGUUCAUAUCGACCUGUAAGAAAGUCGGUAUUUCGGUUAAGCAUUCUACUCCAGGUAUGCCCCGAACCAAUGCCAUCGCCGAGAGCAAGGUGAAACUUGUCCUUCAUGGCGCAAGAGUUGCGCUACGACAGGCGGGUCUGAGCGCCAAAUUCUGGCCAUACGCGUGUAAGCAUUUCUGCCACGCUCGAAAUAUAGAGCUACGAGAUGCCCAGAGUGCUUAUGCUCAACGAUUCGAUGGAGCCGAAUUUGACGGUCAGAUCCUCCCCUUCGGUUGCCUUGUUGACUUCUUUCCCACGCCGGCUCGAAAGCAGACCCGGCGCAGUCAAAAGGAUGAAGUCGUACUCGGUGAUGGUGAAGAGUAUGCGUUGCCCGCCCCUGACGACGAUGGGAUGAUUGAUGUCGAGGUUGGUUUUGAUGAGGAUGGAUUCCUCGAAUGGGUUGACGAUGGUGAGGAUGACCAACCCGGUUCCCGUCGCGGAGCAGGCACCGAUCACCGUCUCUCGUCCUAUCAGCGCCCCAGCAAGUUCUCUCCUACCAGUAAGCCUGGUAUCUUCCUCGGGUACCACUUUGAGAACGGGGGUAAGUGGGAUGGUGAUUACAUUGUCGCUGACCUUGAGGAUUUCAAGCGUGAUGCACUGCGCGCGAGUGUCCAUCAGGUCAAGAAGAUUUAUAGUUCUCCCAAGGAGAGAUGGACGUUCCCGAUGUUAGCGGUGUACGAUAAACAAACCCGCUCGAUGUGCAUCAACGAUCCAGCGAUGCAAUCGGCCGCUCCUCAACCGAGUGAGCGUCUGGACGCCUCCGAUAUGAUUGAUCUCGAGGACAUCGAUGAAAUAUUUGCUCUCGAUGAGUCUCGUCGGAUGACGGACGAAGAUAUUCGGCAGUCCCGUGAGGCUGAGUUACGAGCCGAAUCUUCUCAUGGUGGAGGCGUUGAUUAUUGGGAAUACGAUCCGUCUGCGCAUCGAUGGACUUACCACGUUGUGGUACCGAGGAAGGCAAUGGUCCAUCCUAGCAAGACUCCCGGAUCCAUCGGCGAUGCGCCUGAUCCCUGGAAGUUGAGCACAGUGCGCAUUUCGAAUGUCCAAUAUAAGGACAAGAACCCGGUAACGAUCUACGAAACCGGGUAUGCCUUCGGCAAAACGAGGCUGAUGCAGCUCUGGACCGGCACGGUAGAAUUUUAUGAUGAUGGCUUUGCACCACCCAAGAAGAAGUUGCCUCCAUACCAUGGAUCUGAGAUCCUAGAGGGCGAGGGGGUUUUGCCAUAUCGUCAGAGUGUGCCGCGUGCUGAGCGUUCGUAUAAAGGGUCUCGCAAACCCAACUGUAUUGACUCCGAGUCCUGGAGAAGCAUGAAUCGCGCAGAGCGGGAAGGCUAUGUUGAGGCCGAGCGUCGGGAGGCUGAAUCUCGCGCUAUGUCUCGUGAGGACUCCCGUGACGCAGCUGCUGCCGAUAUCGCUUUCGAUUUGGAGUAUGAGUCUGGCGCCGAGAGGCAUGAUAAAGACUAUUGGCAUCACGAUGUCGCUGCUGGCACGAUCACUCGAUUCCAUGUGGUCGAGCGCCGAGCGCGAUUUAAUCCUACGUCCGUCAAGGACUGCCCGGUGGAUCCAUCCACUUUGACCGAUGUGCGAGUGACUAUGGCCAUGACAGAUGGCACUGAAUUUACGAUGCAAGUUUCUUGGAGGACAGCUGACGUUCGAUCAUUACCCUGCAGAUGGACUGGUAAGACCAUUUUCGUAAUUGGUUCCUCUACUAAAACGCAGGUCAAGGUUCGGACCACCCUACCGAGUAAGGAUGGUACUGAGCGGCGUGUGCAGACCGCGAACGGGUACUAUGGUCACGCCUUGCGUGCUAAGGAACGACCUGUCAUUCCUCCAAAAGCUCGUGCUUGCAUCGUGACAGAUCUCGAGUUUGAUCCUCCCAAUGGCAUGUCCGCACGACUCCAGCCCCUCAAAGGCCAGAUGAGGGGGCUACUCAGUCAGGUGUUGAUGUCAUUAACCCUACUGACUCUGAGAUCGUUGUCGACUCUGGGCAAGAUGUUGCAGUGGUGCAGUUUUAUACUUCUGUGCUAG